UAUGCCUACAUUCAAGGGUUUCUGCGGGGCUAUGUUGGAGAAAGAGAAGCUAGCAAUAAAAAAUCUUGUAAAUGUAAAGUUUGUUACGCGGUAAAAAUGAAAACUGAAGUAAAUAAGCUUCAAUUAGUAGACUGUUAUUUGUAUUAACUAAUGUCAAAAUGAUAUGGUCCAACUCACAUAAACUAGAACGGUUGCCUUUCUGAAAUAAAACGCAGAAAUAAUGACGUAUGUGUGUACUUGACAACAUAAGUAGCUACAUGAAUCACGUGAAUUACAUAUUUUCCAUUUAAAACGGCGUUUUGUAGUUUGCAUCAGUGGAUACUACCGAUAAACAUUUAUAUUGUUAAAAAAUGGUCAAAUAUUGAACGUUUAGCCUCUAACGUCGUACUGGUUGCGAUCGAACAUUAGCUGUAUUCUUUGAUUUGAUUGGUCAUCACACCGGCUCUGUAAACGGUAACUCCCGCCUUCUUACAUUUGAUUGGCCAAUGGCCACCUUCCUUUAAGAUUGAGGUCCACUGCUAGACCGCUGAUGACAAAAGUUUGCAGCAAGAAAAACUACAGAUAAGCUUUCAGGCAUUUCUAUCACAAAAUGUAUUUGUGUGGCGUAAGAAAACAGUCUUGCGUGAAUCAGGGUUUUAGGGUUGACAGCCCUAAAGAUGCAUUCCUGGCUACCGUUCUCCCAGGGGACAGUUGGAGUUCCCAAUUGCAACUAUAGGCUAAAUAUCGCCAACUAUCUGUAUCCACAUAUUGGCUGUCGAAUUUUACGAUGCAGCUUUCGAUAUCGAUAUAACAGGAGCUAGAAUAAUAAAACCAACACUGCGGAACAAUACACUAAACUACGGCGACAUUUCACAACAACUAAAGCUAAAUAAACACGAUUUUCUUCGGAGCACGACGUGGUUCAAGGAGGCCCAGCGCCACAGCAUGGUGGGACUAUUUGGUUAAUUCGGUAUUGCGCAUGCGCAGACGGUGCGAGUAACUUGGCUUCUCUUUCUAGAUGCGUUUGUUGUUUAGUUGAUAAGAAUUAAUUGUUUAUCAGAUUUCCACAAAGAUUGUCAUCAUAAUAAUCCAACAAUGAGUAUCGAUUCUCUUUUUGAGCACAUUUUACUGACAGAGCAACAGGUGUCAGAGAAUAUUAGGCAGCUGCAUGAAGUUCACUCCGGUAUAAAGACAGCGCAGGAUAAAAUAAACUCUUCGAGUCAAAAACUGGAGAAAGCACAGCGUGAACUUGAUAAGAAGGCUCAGCUCCUGUCUGAAACCAAGCUGCAACUUGAUUUAAUAACAAAGCGGCAAGAGCAACUAGAAAGACAGAGAGACGAGCUCCUGGGACUGCAGAGAGAUCUUAGGGAGAAACUGGACAAAUUGAAAAGGGAGUCGUUGGAGGAGCGAGAGACAUUCUUGAAGGAGAUGAUAACUUUCAACGGUGAAUUCAAUCUAAUGAGAAACAGAAACGUUUUUCUCACCCAAACCCAAUCGAAGAUCCAAAGUUUGGAGCAGGAAGCUGAAACUCUGAACAAAGAGAUUGAAUUGCUAAGACAAAAUAACCCUUGGCUGAGCUCCAUGGAGGCAGAGAAGAGAUCGCUAGAAACUGAGCUUCAGGAUCUACAAUCACAGCUCACAGAUAUAGAUAAAGAUCUGACAGAAGCUGUGACUCUGACAGUGCGUUUGAAGAGAGAGAGGCUCAUGGUCCGUGAGAAACCCUUAAAAGACAGUACCUUUGUCCGACUCAAGAAAGAACUGGAGUUAUAUAAAGAAGAUGAGCUUCUAUUUCUACGAGAUGCCCUCAGCUGUGAGAUUCAGUCUCUGCGACUGAAAUUGUCACAGAAUGCCAUUUUAUGUUAGGACGACGUGUUUGAGUCGAACUUCCAGAUAUGCAGAAGAAUGCUUCAACGUGGUUUUACAUUGAUACAUUUUUUUGUAAGUUUGACAUUGCACCUUAAACUACAGGAGCACAGUUCGUAAACGUUUUCUAUAGAAUGGAAAGUAGAGAAGUUAUUGUUGUUAAAAAUAUUAAAUGCCUGUACCCAUCUUACGUUUCUCACUUGUUAGCUUAGUCACAGAUUCUGUUUGUCAUGUUCAUGGAUCAAUCCCACUCGUGUUUAAAAUACCGACAACACUGUCAUCUAGUGGUCCUAUUGCAACAAAACAUCCUAAAUAAAUCCCUGGAAAAAGCUUGCUUCAAAUAAUUGUUAUUUAUCCAUGUUCACAAAGUAAAAAUGUUUUUCUUCUAAAUGAAUUGCAGUCAUUUUCCAUCUUUAAAGAGUAUUACUGAAUCCGAAUACAUUCUCAACACUCUCAAUAGUUUCUCCUCAACUGUCCUACCGCAGUCCGGUCGUUACAUUGGUUUUAAAUGUUUGAUUGGUGAGUGACUAGUGUACUGUACAACUUCUAGUAAACUGAUCUGUCUGAUUCUCAUCUGCAGUCUGUGGUAGAUUAUUCCUGUGUUACAUAAAUUCUCUGAAUACCCAUUAGUAAUUGGAGCUUACUUUCCUUGUUGCGUUAAGGUGAUUAAUUGGAUAAAGUUGCUAAGAGAAACAUAAUUAAUGCUUGAAGGAUUUUAAAACUCUGGUCCAACAAUUAUAGAUGGUUUAAUGCUGUCAGGUGUUUAAUAUUUCACAGGCUAUUUUAACUAUACUUUAUUUUGCUAUAGCAUUUGCAUUGUUAUUGAAUGAAU